AAAAUAUUUCAGUCAUUGAUAAGCGUCUGACAAGUGAUGAGUGAAAUAGUUGUUCGUAUUGCAUCCGAGCGUGACUUGAAAUUCAUUCAUGAAUUUCUUUUCGAUCAUUUUCAUAAUGUUGAGCCAAUAGAAGUAUCGCAUCGAAUAAAGCAUGAGAAAGUGCAACCUAAUGAUGAUUAUUUAAUGUCCUGCAUAAAUUGUAAUACUACAUUAAUGGGAUUUAUCGAUGGAAUACUUGUCGGAGUGCUAAUUGCUGGAACAAUAUUACCAAAUGAACACGAAAGAAAUUUGGAAGCAUCAAAAUCAAUGAAACAUGAGAAGCAUGCUGACGUUUUGAGAUUUUUAUCAUAUAUUGAUGAGAAGGCAAAUUAUUGUACUCGUUUGGAUGUCCCCGAGGCCCUUCACAUACACAUCGUAUCCGUUCAUCGUGACUAUCGCGGACGUGGCAUUGCCAAUUCACUAUUUGAGUAUUGCAUUGAAAAUGGAAAAUAUUUAAAAUAUCAGGCACUAACCGUUGAUUGUACAAAUUAUUAUACAUCCAAAAUUGCGGAGCAACGUGAUUUCUCAUUGAUGUCGACCGUCACAUAUGAUGAAUAUCAUGAAUACAUUGGGGAGAAGCUAUUUGAACCAUCUGAACCACACAUGCAAAUUAAAUCAUAUGCAUUGCUUAUUAAUAAUCAAAAUAAUGACAAUCAGCGCAUCAUUUUACGAUAAAUUCCUGUCUGAUUGUAUUGCUGAGAUGUUAAUGUGAAACGUGUGUUUUAGACUCUAAACUAAAUAUUGAUUCAGUUGCAUUUAAAAUUCUUUUCAUCGGCUGGCUAAUUACUUCGUCACAUUAUGAUGAUAAUACAGGAAGAACACACACGUGAAUGACAAAUAUUUCUUUUUUUCUUCUUAUAAAGUCGUAAAUAGCUCGUCCGAUGGCUGAAUAAAAAAUAAAUGUAAUGCUUUUUAUGAAAAAAAAAAAUUGAAAUUGUUGUAAGUUUCUAUAAAGUCAUAAAAGUAAAUUUUCCCUUCUAUGGUUCGCCGUAAAGCUAUAAAAAAAAGUUUCAAUAUGCCUCUUCAUCGUCAGACCUAAUGACACAUGAAACAAAAAAAAAACCAAUUUCAAUUUUGCAUUUUACAAACAAUAUGAUUCUUUUUCAUCAGUUUGUGACCGAGACGGGCAUGAAGCUUAAUACUGAAGUCGUCGGUAUACACUGCUAGUUUUAAUAUAGAGCGUCAUAGUGGUGUCAAUAGAGCUUCCUAAGGCUUAAUAUUGAUGAUUUUUUAUAGUGACGGUUAAGUUAUGCUUUAUACCUGACUAAGUACUUGAUUAAAACCUAAGAAUGUGAAUUUAAAUAAAAAGCGAAUAAUAAUUACACUCAAAACUUUGCAAAGACCUCCAAAAUCCUGUACAUCCCGGGCCAAAUCACUUCUAUCAUUCCUAUUUUAUCCUCUCUAAACCAUUGAAGACUGUCAUAAACUGCCAUUUGCUAAAAACUUUCUUUACUGUCUCUGUCGUCUUUCUCAUGACAAAGGCAAGCAACAGUUCAUAAUCAAAUCAAGUCAGUGAAAAGAAAGGCAAACGACGAGUCUUGAGGAAAAUAUGGCAGCAAAAAAAAAAGUUUUUCAAUUGAAGUUGCCAAAAGUUAUUGUGAUUAUGUGAUUCGCCAUUCGCGAUGUCAUUUAUAUUGAAUGACAAAGUUUUAUUUCAAGUUGUCGUAAAAUGUAUAUUUGUAUCAUAAAAUAGACGAGUGCUCUUAAUUUAUAGAUGUGUCUAG